AUGAAGGCAGAGGAAGAGAAAGUCGGGGUUAAAAAGCUGGACUCCAGCAACUACAGGAGGAGAAGCCAGUAUCCAGAAGGUAAGGCCCUUUCCUACAUUCACAUGGGCCUGCCAGUUUCCAGCUACCCUCAGAGAAAGAGAGACCAGAAAGGACAACUUCCCGGACUGCAGAAAGUCCGCUGGGGCCUCCGGCCAGACAAACAGCAGCGGGAGCUGAGAGGUCCGGGCAGCGGGGGCAGCAGCGGCGACAGCGGAGUGGACCACGUCAGCCGGACCCGGUCUCCAGCUGCUGAGCAGCUGCAGGACAUCCUGGGGGAGGAAGAUGAGGCUCCCAACCCCACCCUCUUCACAGAGAUGGACACCCUCCAGCAUGACGGAGACCAGAUGGAAUGGAAGGAGUCAGCCAGGUGGAUAAAGUUUGAAGAGAAGGUUGAAGAAGGAGGGGAACGCUGGAGCAAGCCGCACGUGUCCACACUAUCCCUGCACAGCCUGUUCGAGCUCCGGACCUGCCUGCAAACAGGAACGGUGCUGCUGGACCUGGACAGCUGUUCCCUGCCCCAGAUCAUAGAUGAUGUCAUUGAGAAGCAGAUUGAGGAUGGCCUCCUGCGGCCGGAGCUCCGGGAGAGGGUCAGCUACGUCCUGCUGCGGAAGCACCGCCACCAGACCAAGAAGCCUAUCCACCGCUCCUUAGUGGACAUUGGGAAGUCGGUGUCCUCCACCACAACCCGCAGCCCAGCCCGCAGUCCGACACCCCGCAGCACUCUGCACCGCUCCACAGAGGACCUGAGGGUGCGGGACAGCGCCAACUACGGACGUCUGUGUCACGCCCAGAGCAGAAGCAUGAACGACAUUUCUCACACAGCAAACACGGACCAACGGAAGAACAAGUUCAUGAAGAAGCUCCCCAAGGACUCAGAGGCCUCCAACGUGCUGGUGGGCGAGGUGGACUUCCUGGACCAGCCCUUCAUCGCGUUCGUUCGGCUCAUCCAGUCCGCCAUGCUGGGAGGGAUGACAGAGGUGCCUGUCCCCACCAGAUUCCUGUUCAUCCUGCUGGGACCUCCUGGAAGAGCCAAGUCCUACAAUGAAAUCGGCCGGGCCAUUGCCACCCUCAUGGUCGACGAUCUCUUCAGCGAUGUGGCCUAUAAAGCCCGCAACAGGGACGACCUGAUUGCAGGGAUUGAUGAGUUCCUGGACGAGGUCAUCGUCCUUCCCCCGGGAGAAUGGGACCCGAAUAUCCGAAUUGAGCCCCCCAAGAAAGUCCCCUCAGCAGACAAGAGGAAAUCCGUGUUCUCGCUGGCGGAGCUCGGGCAGAUGAACGGCCAGGUGGCUGGUGGUGGGGCGCCCGGAGGUGGUGGUGGAGGCGGCGUGGCCGGCGGAGGUGCUGGGGCUGGAGGCGGGAGCGGCGGCGAUGACGAGGAGAUGCCAGCCACGCAUGAGAUCGGGGAGGAGCUGCUCUGGACUGGAAGGUUCUUUGGGGGCCUGUGUCUGGACGUCAAGAGGAAGCUGCCCUGGUUCCUGAGCGACUUCACUGACGGCUUCCACCUGCAGUCCAUCUCCGCCAUCCUCUUCAUCUACCUCGGCUGUAUCACCAACGCCAUCACCUUUGGUGGGCUUCUGGGCGAUGCCACCGACAACUACCAGGGCGUGAUGGAGAGCUUCCUGGGCACUGCCAUGGCCGGCUCCUUGUUCUGCCUCCUCUCGGGACAGCCUCUCAUCAUCCUCAGCAGCACGGGGCCCAUCCUCAUCUUUGAGAAGCUCCUCUUCGACUUCAGCAAAGGCAACGGCCUGGACUACAUGGAGUUCCGGCUCUGGAUUGGCCUGCACUCGGCGCUCCAGUGCCUCAUCCUGGUGGCCACGGACGCCAGCUUCAUCAUCAAGUACAUCACCCGCUUCACCGAGGAAGGCUUCUCCACCCUCAUCAGCUUCAUCUUCAUCUACGACGCCAUCAAGAAGAUGAUCGGUGCCUUCAAGUACUACCCCAUCAACAUGGACUUCACCCCCAACUCCAUCACCACCUACAAGUGCGAGUGUGUCGCCCCCGACCCAGUGAAUGCCUCUGUGUUCAAUGCUUCAGCCUCAUCAACACCAAACACCAAUACUUCUGUGUACAACCCCCUUAACCUCACAGGCCUGGACUGGUCCCUGCUGAGCAAGAAAGAGUGUCUCAGCUACGGUGGCCGCCUGCUCGGGAACUCCUGCCAGUUCGUCCCAGACCUGGCGCUCAUGUCCUUUAUCCUUUUCUUCGGGACAUACUCCAUGACCUUGACCCUGAAGAAGUUCAAAUUCAGCCGCUAUUUCCCUACCAAGGUCCGGGCCCUGGUGGCUGACUUCUCCAUCAUCUUCUCCAUCCUGCUCUUCUGUGGAAUCGACGCCUGUUUCAGCCUGGAAACACCCAAGCUGCACGUGCCCAGUGUCAUCAAGCCCACACGGCCUGACCGCGGCUGGUUUGUGGCCCCCUUUGGGAAGAACCCGUGGUGGGUGUACCCAGCUAGUAUCCUGCCCGCCCUGCUGGUGACCAUCUUGAUCUUCAUGGACCAGCAGAUCACGGCCGUCAUUGUCAACCGGAAGGAGAACAAGCUGAAGAAGGCUGCUGGCUACCAUCUGGACCUCUUCUGGGUGGGCGUCCUCAUGGCCCUGUGCUCCUUCACGGGCCUUCCCUGGUACGUGGCCGCCACAGUCAUCUCCAUUGCCCACAUCGACAGCCUCAAGAUGGAGACAGAGACCAGUGCUCCCGGAGAGCAACCCCAGUUCCUGGGGGUGAGGGAACAGAGGGUGACCGGCAUCAUCGUCUUUAUCCUGACCGGCAUCUCCGUCUUCCUGGCUCCCAUCCUGAAGUACAUCCCCAUGCCGGUGUUGUAUGGAGUUUUCCUCUACAUGGGAGUGGCCUCUCUGAACGGCAUCCAGGUAAGCGUGGGGGGAUCCCAGCUGCAGCAGCCCACGAGGGCUGAGUGUGCGCUUUCUUCUCAGUUCUGGGACCGCUGCAAGCUCUUCCUGAUGCCGGCCAAGCACCAGCCGGACUACGCCUUCCUGCGCCACGUGCCGCUGCGACGCAUCCACCUCUUCACCCUGGUGCAGGUGCUCUGCCUGGCCGUGCUGUGGGUCCUCAAGUCCACCGUGGCCGCCAUCAUCUUCCCCGUCAUGAUACUGGGCCUCAUCAUCGUCCGAAGGCUUCUGGACUUCGUCUUCUCCCAGCAUGACCUGGCCUGGAUCGACAACAUCCUCCCAGAGAAGGAGAAAAAGGAGACGGACAAGAAGAAGAAGAAGAGGAAGGGGGCGCAUGAGGACAGUGACGAGGAGCCCCAGUUCCCUCCUCCCUCCGUUCUAAAGCUUCCCAUGGAAAGUGUCCCAGAUCCCCAAAACAGUAUCCACUGCAUUGCCAGAAAAGGAUGCGCCAGUUGGAGUUACGCACUCUGA